UGUGCCAUCUUGCGUUUCAUUGGUUAGUUGUGUUUAAGUCUGGGGUUUUCUCCACCAAAGACUUUUCUUUUCAAUCUGUGUCAUUUAAAGCAACUAUAGCUAGCCUGAAUCCUGUGGCAAGAACAAUGACCAACAUAGAAGGCGCUGAACAUCUCUGUCUUCCGUCCUCCACUGGUGAGAUCCCGGCAAGCGAAGAUGAACCAGAAAAUCGACAUUCUCCCCUGCCACGCAACAGGCCAUCCCUACUAGCACGUCGACUGUUCCGCCUGCAGUCGUACCACAAUAACCUUGUACCCAGCAGACGUCGCAAGCGAGAGAUGACCCCCGACGAGAAAAAAGACGCGUUGUACUGGGUCAAACGUCAAAAAAACAACGAGGCUGCCCAUCGCUCCAGAGAGAAGCGACGGCUGAACGACUUCAUGCUGGAAAGUCAACUUCUAGCACUCAGUGAGGAGAACGCACAGCUCAGAGCGGAGGUGUUGAGUCUGCAGUAUCACAUGGGGAUUGGACGAAGUCUGGAUCAUCCACACCAUGCCAUGAUGCCCUUCCACAUCCCUGUUUCGUCCCAUCUCAAGAGGGGUCUGGCUGGUACGAAAGCGUCUUUUUUGGCAGAACGGUCAGAGAGGUACCAGUGUUGGCCACAUCAUGAGCCCUGCUCUGGUCCAUCAAGCGGCCCCUCUCAAUUCUUCUCCACCUCAAAGAUGCCUUAUAAAAACACCAGUGCACCUUCACAGAUCCGCCACUCGAACGACAAGCUAUCCGAGCAGUCCAUGCUCAAUUCUGACUCAUUUGAACACAACCCUGCGGAGGUCUCCUCAAGCAACGACCCACCAAGCAACCCGCAACCGUUUCCAACCCAGAGAGCUGCGGCUUUACGUUCCCCCUCGCCGCCCCCUCCCCAUCUGACGCAAAGCUGGUUGCUCCCCCGAAUAAGUCAUCCCGCAACUCAACACCACAACCAGAUGUUACCCUGGGCCUCAUCUUCCCUACGCCCGUCUCCGCUUCAUCCCAGCUGGCCGCUGACAACAGGAGCGAGGUCCCUCUGGAACUUCAACAGCAGGUUCAGCACGCUGCAGUAUCUGCUGAGAUCUCACAACUACGAGGAACCUGAAAUGCAGAGAACUCUUAAGUGAUACGGCGGCCGUGCUGUCCAAACACGAACAGUCUGCUAUAAAUGCUUAGUGUAGUGAUGUGUGAUUGAAUCGCUUCAUGCAGCCUUGCAAAAUAAACCUG